CAGAGGGACAAAGUAGCUGCUGAGUGCUACCUAAUGGCUGACAAGAGCUACAUUGAAGAAUCUGAGCCCUUGCCUGAGAAAGAGGAAACUGUGGAGUGGGGCUAUGAGGAAGGAGUUGAGUGGGGCUUAGUCUUUCCUGAUGCUAAUGGAGAAUACCAGUCUCCUAUUAAUUUGAAUUCAAGAGAAGCCAAAUAUGACCCUAAACUGCUGGAAGUACGUUUAUCACCAAACUAUGUUGUGUGCCGUGACUGCGAAGUCAUCAAUGAUGGUCACUCAGUCCAGAUCCUUCUAAAAUCCAAAUCAGUACUAGUAGGAGGACCAUUACCUCGGGGACAUGAAUUUGAACUGCAUGAUGUUCGAUUUCACUGGGGUAGAGAAAACCAGCGUGGCUCUGAACACACUGUGAACUUUAAAGCGUUUCCCAUGGAGCUUCACCUAAUUCACUGGAACUCCACAAUGUACCACAAUAUUGAUGAGGCAAUUGGGAAGAAGAAUGGCAUCGCCAUUAUUGCUUUAUUUGUGCAGAUAGGAAAGGAGCAUUCAGGCCUAAAGGCUGUGACUGAAAUUCUGCAAGAUAUUCAGUACAAGGGGAAGACCAAGACAAUACCCUGUUUUAAUCCCAAUACAUUAUUGCCAGACCCACUGUUACGAGAUUAUUGGGUGUACGAAGGCUCUCUUACAGUUCCACCCUGCAGUGAAGGUGUUGCGUGGAUAUUAUUUAGAUAUCCUUUGACUGUAUCCCAACUUCAGAUAGAAGAAUUUCGAAGACUGAGGACACACGCUAAAGGGGCAGAACUCCUAGAAGGCUGCGAUGGAAUUCUAGGAGAUAACUUUCGGCCCACACAGCCACUUAGUGACAGAAUCAUAAGGGCAGCCUUCCAGUAGUAGAGAGGAACAGUG